GGAAGAAGAGAAGUCCUAAUCCAGUCCAUUGUCCCUCAAAGACACACAUACAAGGAUACACAAAUACACACAAAAAAUAAAAAUAAAAAUAAAAUAAAAUAAAAACCUAGAGCCAUGGCUGCCAACACCAUUGUGGCCGAUUUUGAAACAUGGCAGACAUCUCUCUUUGCGGCUCUUGUCAAGGCUACAAAAGCAUCUAAAGCCAUGUCUCCGGACGACGUUGCCUUCUACCGAACACUUAAUCCUUCAUUUGCUACCAAUAUGGAGGAUGUCUCCUCUGCCACUCUUGACCUCUGUAACGGGUUACUGAUACAGGCAGGUGGCCAGUCCGCAGAGGUGCUUAAUGACGCAGACGAUUUCACAGACCGGUUUAAUAUUAUUACCGACGUUGUCGAUAAUAUGCUUGAGAAAGUGGAUGUAACAAUUGACGAAAUGAAAGAUCCUCGAAAGAAAAGUGGUCCAGUUAUCCCACAAAGCGCUCCUGUUGUGGCCCUAGCUAAGAGCGACAAGUUGCAAUACAAGUUGAUCCAUGCUCAAAACAUUGCUAGACCUCAGUUGAGAUUCCCUGAUCCAGUUGACAACUCAAAUGCACCAUUCAUCCGCAAGAUCACUUAUAAGCCAAAUGCCAAGGUUGAUCUUAAUUAUGGCAUGGAUCGUCUCUUGACAUCAUCAUCGUCUACGCCAUCAGAACUUAUUCAGCAGCCACAUCCGUACGAAUACGAGAUUAAGCAUCUAGAAUAUCCACAACAUAUGUUUGAACAACGACCGGAACAGCUCUAUUUACCAUUUGAUACUACUACAGCCAUUUGGAUCGAUACAGAGGAAGCGUUGAAGGACAUGUGCAAAGAUCUGGAAAUGCAGCGAGAGAUUGCAGUAGAUUUAGAACAUCACAACUAUCGCUCCUUUCAAGGCUUUGUUUGUUUAAUGCAAAUUUCAACUCGUGAUCAGGAUUAUAUCAUUGAUACACUCGAGCUCCGGGGUUCGUUACAUCUCUUGAAUCAAUCAUUUACAGAUCCCAACAUUGUCAAAGUGUUACAUGGUGCAGAGAGUGAUAUCAUCUGGCUUCAACGGGAUUUCGGUGUCUAUAUCGUCAACCUUUUUGAUACAUACCAUGCCACCAAGCUGCUUGAAUUUGAGAGCCAUUCAUUAGCUCACCUUCUGAAGUUGUAUGCCAAUUUCGAUGCCGACAAACGAUAUCAGUUAGCGGAUUGGCGUAUCCGUCCAUUGCCCAAAGAGAUGUUCAACUAUGCUCGCUCUGACACCCAUUUCUUGCUUUAUAUUUACGAUCGCAUGCGUAACGCUCUCUUGGACAAAUCCAACCCUACAACACAUAAUCUGUUACAUGCUACUCUUCAGCGCUCUGCAGAGACAGCACUUCGAGUGCAUGAGAAGGAGGUUUAUGACGCUGAGGGUGGAGAUGGCCCCAAUGGAUGGAGGAAUAUGUACUCUAAAUGGAACCGGGCCCUCAACACAAUGCAAUUUGCAGUAUUUAAGGCCCUUCAUGCCUGGCGUGACCAAACAGCUCGGGAUGAAGACGAGAGUAUCCGAUAUGUGUUACCCAACCACAUGUUAUUUACAUUGGCAGAACAGAUGCCUGAGGAUGCAGCGGGUGUACUCGGGUGCUGUAACCCUGUUCCACCUCCUGUCAAGAUGAAUGCAUCCGAUAUUGCUCUUCUGAUCAAUCGUACAAAAGCAAGUGUACAGCCUGUUUUAGGAACAUUCAAGAAAGUAGAAAUUGAAGUUCCUACACACAUACGUUUCGACCCAAAGACAGGAUUGCAGGGGGUACAAGAACAUAUUGACAACCCAUCUGAAAAAGAUGCUGUUAAAUCAACAUUAACACCUUUGGAGAAGGCAGCACAACAGAAUCAGUCCGGCAGUGUCAUUGCAGCAACUUCUUCUAGCAUGUUUGGAAAUGGUUCUAUCCAUGCAUCAUCAUCAUCACCAUCAUUAGCGUCCACCAUGGUCAGCAAACCUUUAAUUCAUCCCACCUCCUUCAUGGCAUCGCGAUCUAACUUGUUUGGUCAAGUCAGCACUCUGUCAAAUAGUUCUCGGAUGGAAGAGGAAGGAAAGGAACUUGCUAAACGGAUCAUGCUCGAAUUUUCAAACAGGCCUGCAGGGACGGCUCCUAUGUUCAAGGAGCUUACUAUAGGCGUAGUACAGCAUGCCGAUAACGUGCCUAUAGAGGCAAACGAAGAGAAGACUAAGGACGAGGCCAAGGAUGAGAUGCAGAACAAGGAAACAAAUGAAAUCCUAUUCACACCAAAGGAAGAACGUGAAACAAAACAGAAGAGGACUGAUGUUCUAGUGCUCUCAUCUAUGUCCAAGAAGCGAGCACGAGCUAUUGAUGAAGAGCGUGCAGAGCUCGUGAAAGAGCAGUCAGAAUCUGCUGCAAUAUCUAGUAAUGGGGCUGCAGACAACGCAGAGAAGGAAGAGGUGGUGGUGUCAGUUAAGAAGAAGAAGGCAAGGAAGGAAAAGAAAUCGUCGUCUACUUCCGCCACCCCUUCAUCCUCAGCACCAGCCUCGGGUGAUGAGUUGCCAGAGUCCUUUAAACCCUUUGACUACAACAGUGUACGCUCUGUUGUUGAUGAGAAUAUUGAGAGCAUGACUACGGGCAAACGAAAAAAGAACAAGAAGAAGGCGACACAAGACUCUAGCAAUUCCGAACCUGCUACGCCAUUCGAUCCUUAUGCUAAGCUGAUCGAAAGUGCAGAUCUCAAGAAGAAGGAUGCUUCAUUCUCUCGUAACCCCAAAUCAGGAGCACGCAGUAUGACCUUUAGUAAAAAUUAAACUAAAAGAAUGUGAAAUAAUUUAAUUUUUAUUUUUGUCAAAGAGAUGUCUAUAGCACAGAGUAAAAAUACAAGAAAAAGCAAUGCUUUUAAAAUUAACUUAACAAAUAUAAAUCAAAUAAAGAGAAUU